UAUUACUUUGAUUCACUGACUAAACUACCAUGCAAUAUAUUUAAUUUAGAUUUCACUCCAUUUGUUUAUUAUGUUAUGUGUAUAUCACCUAAUACACCACCAUUAGGAGUAAUUUCCUUUUGGUAUGUGAUAGGAUUCUAUCCAUUGCUCCUCCUCCUCUUACUCUAUGUUUGGAUAACAUUGUAUGAUAAAGGUUACAAGUGUGUAGUAUUUAUUACUAGACCAUUUCAUUGUUGCAUGGCUCGUUUCUGGAGUAUGACUGGCAUUGAACCAUCUUUUACUCACUCUAUAGCAUCAAUAUAUAUACUCUGCUUCACUCAAUUAGCUGUCACUUCCUUUAAAAUACUUAGUUUUGCUCCUAAGAAAGAAACACUUGGUUUUAACAAUACCAAAUUCUCUUAUGAUAUGAAGCAGGAUUACUUUAAGGGGGUUCAUGGUGCUGCUGGUUUCUUUGCAAUCUUAGUAUUAUUGUUUCUGAUUGUUCUACCAACUCUUUAUAUACUCCUUUAUCCAUUCAAAUGGUUUCAUAAGUUAUUGGAUUGUUUACAUUUGAGGAAACAGCUACUGAUAUCACUGGGUGAUGUGUUUACUGGUCCUUAUAAGAAUGGAACUGAGAAUACUUAUGAUUAUCGUUUCAUGGCUGGACUAUACCUACUGGCAAGAACAAUCAUUUUGAGUCAGUUCAUUUAUGGAUAUUAUUUCAUACUUUCAAUACCAAUUUCUCAAGCUUGCUGUUCCUUCUUACUAGCAGUAAUAGUUAUCAUCUUUCGUCCCUUUAAAAGAAAUAUUCAUAAUUUUGCUGAAUUUUUAAUAAUGUUUAUAAGUAUGGCAUUUGGAUGCAUUGGCAGUGUUCAGUCAUUUGUGUUUAUUAGCACAUCUGCACCUUACUUUGUUAAUUAUUAUCGUAUUAUAUUGUCAAUUCUAGGAGCUGUGGUAUCAACUACUAAUUUUCUAGUUUUUGGUAUCAUUAUAACAGGUUAUAUAAUCUACCAGGUAUACAAAAUGAUAAAAUCAUGUCAUCGUUAUCGUAAGAGGUACAAUCCAGUGGCUAACAGAAAUCAAGAAGAAGACUAUCAGUCAUUAGUUGGUGAUGAUGAUGAUUGGAUUGCUGAUUGUAUGGAGAAUCCACUUAAUUAUAAGGAAAAACAUGUUUCUGGUAGAAUGUAUGAUACACAAAAGGAUCGUCAACCUAUUGCUACUACAGCUGCUACUUAUGGCAGUAUUAACUAAUAAGUAACUAAUAAUAAAUACUCCUAUAUUAUCUAUUUAUUUACUAUUAGGUAUAUUUAUUAGUUGUUUAUAGUGAU